AGGUGGUUCCAGUGAGUUGUUAAUUCUAAGCCUGGACCUGGUGAAGAACAGGGUUGGAGUAAUGAGCCAAGAAAUGAGAAAGUCUUUUAUUGGCAACAUUCUUGCUGGCCUGAUAGAACGUACUGGAGACUCCAAGGUCAUGCGAGCCAUCACCAAAAUGGUGGAAGAUUGGAUAAAAAAUAAGGUAUAGUGUCUGCAGUCCUAAAAUCAGUUAAUGGCAAUUAAAACAAUAGGUAUAUCAGAUUUGUAAAAUUAGAUAUAAAUAAUUUUUACUUCCAACAUGUCUUUUUUUUAAAUUAAAUAAUUUAAGGUACAUUGAGUCUGGACUUUUUUUUAGACAAUUUUAUCUCGCAUCAUCAAAUGACUCAAUUAUAAGGAAUCUAAAGAUCUCUAUUUCUGAAGAGUGUGCAAACCUUAUUUUUAUAUCAUUUCGGUUUUUCCAAUGCAGACUACGAUAGCAAUCAAUCAAUCUCCAUCUACAAGAGAAAAGUGUAUUCUGUUGUCUAAACUGAUGAGCAAUAUUGAGAGGAGAUUUCCAGCUGAUAUAGAGCUCAACUCACAGUUUUUGGACCUGGUGCUCUUUAUUUACAGGUAAGGCACAGGCAGCGUGUUCUUCAGUUUAAAAAUAUGCAUUCAGAAAACAAGCGACGUUUUUUUAAUUUGGGGUCGUCCAUUAAUUACGUCAACAAUUUUUCUGCAAUUUUUUACCCCCCUCCCGCCCCCUUGUCAACAACUGUCAAAUUUUCGAUGACCCCCCCUAUUUAAUUAUGUCAACAUUUUAUACCCCACCUCCAAAAAAAAAAGAAUUAUAAUAUAAAUAAAUUUAGAAAUAUGUGUUACUUUGUGCUGAUGUAUUUUUAAUAACACAAAAUUGUAGGAAAAAAAUUAAUAACACCUUUAGCUUGUUAAUCAAGUUAAAAAGUUUUUACACUUAAAUUUUAUAAUGCAGAAUCAAUUAAAAGUUUCAUCAUCAUCAAUGGCACUACAGCCCAUGUAGGGCUCUGGCCUGCUCCACCACAUCCUUCCAUUCGGGGCGAUCCAUGGCUUUCUGUCUCCAUGCUCGAACCCCCAACUGGUGUAAAUCUGUCUCCACAUCAUCAAUCCACCUCAUCCUUGGGCGACCGAUGAGUCGUCUGCCCCUAGGCUUCUGCCUGUAUAUGAUUUGGCUGCUCUGCAUUCUGGCAUCCUUUCAACAUGACCUGCCCAGCGUAUUCUGCCUUUUUUUAUCAUUGUGACUAUGGGUGGUUCAAUUAAAAGUUUGUUAAAGACUAAAUAAAAUUGUUUGUGGUAGUAUAAAUAUGAUUAUUGUUCUAGCUACUAUUAACUUCCCAUGGAGUAGCCAGGAGUUGCUCUAAUGUAACAAUGGACAUCAUGGACUUCCUUUGGGUAGGGGCACAAACAACCCCCCCCCCCCCCCCCCCCCCUAACACUGUCUACACCCCCACCCCCCGAUUUUGUUGGUUUUAUUUAAAUUGCUAUGAACUGUGGCGCCUCCCCCUGAAAAAACCUGAAAUGACGCCCAUGAUGGGCAUAGUCUAUAAUUAUAAUAGCUGAUUUAUCAUUUUCAUGUUUCGGAACUGAUAUACCUGACAAGUCAACAUCAUCCUUAUCUAGCUAUUCUUAGCAUUUAAAAUCAAAGCAUUGUCUAUGUGAGCAAUAGUUGCCAUAAGCUCUCUCGUCUUUCAGUUGGUAUAGUUGUUAUUGAACAUCGAUGAAUUGGUGUUUUUUUUUAAUUGAACACUGUGUACAAUGAGGUGUUAAUCAAUCUAGGAAGCGGAUUAAGAGAAAAAUGACAGGUGAAGAGAUGCCAUUUUUUUACUUCUCUUGCACUAACAAAGUGUGCUAACAUUCUGACCAGCCAUCUGCAGUGCACAGACAGACACACAAUACACGUUCUGGAACCGCUCCCCUUCCAUAUCCGUCAUUGUGAAACCUCGUCCACUUUUAAAAAGUCCCUUAAAACCCAUCUGUUUAGGUCCGCCUAUGACCUGUGAUGCACCCUCCUCGCCCUGCCUCAUUUUCUGUUCCCGUAGUAUAGGCCAAAACGUGCCAAAGUGUCCUCGUUUUAUAGCCAUUUUAAUUUUUUCUAUAGGAUAGGAGUUACUAUCCUAGUGUCUCAUUUUUAUUUUACUUAGUUUACAUGUUUUUAAUAAUUGUAAAGCGCUUAGAGCUUUCAGGUAAGCGCUAUAUAAAAAAUGCUUAAAUAAAUAAAUAACAUAACUCUUGUAUUGUUAAAGGCCUUAACACUCAUUAAAUUGUUUAAAAUAAUGUAAGAACCAGUCAUGUUAAUAUAGAAAACAAGAUUGUUAACGUUAACUAAUCUAAACCCCCCUCCCUUCCCCUUGACCUUGUCAACAACUGUCAAACAUUUCCAAACACCCCCCCAUUUUGUUGAUGUAAUUAAUGGACGCCCCCUUUUAAAACCAGUUGUUAUUGCUGAAGAAUAUAAUGUGAAACGAAAUUUAAAUGCCAACAGUGUAAACAUCCACAGAGAUAAAGAUCUAGAAAGAUCUGAUCUGACCACAAAGCUGGAAAAUGCCUUUCUGGCUGGGCUAAGGUGCAAUCAACCACUGAUCAGACAAAAGUUUCUUCAGGUUGGUGCUGUGGAUAUGAAAAUAACAAGUAUUUAGUUAUAUAGUUCACAGGAGAAUAAAAAAUGUCAACUUUCAUUAACAACUGUGGUGCUUAAAACAAGGCAUUUACACCUCUUUCAAUUUUGAUGUUUCAAUGGUGUUCACAUUUUACCAAUCAAAAGUUAUGUCACGCAUCACAAAAUUUGAAGCUGCAUAUACUUUUUCAUUUUAUUUUAGACCAUGGAAAGAAGCAUUCCUAGAAAGGUAUUUGAUCGCCUGCUAUAUUUGAUGUGCUCACAGAACUGGGAGAACAUGGGAACUUAUUUCUGGAUCAAACAGGCCUUAGAGGUAAUCUACUAAAUCCGCCAUACCAUUAACAAUACUUAUUUUUGUUCUGUUACAUUAUUAAAUGGAUAUUUUUCUAGUUGCUUCAAAGAACAAACUACUGACAUUUAUAUUAAGCCUUGAGUUUACUGGCCUUCUUAAAAUUCCUUCAGCUCAUCUUGGGAGUGUCAUUAGAAACAACUGCCAUCCAGAGUUCCUCCCCCAUGAACUUGCUUCCCAGUGCUGGCUCAGUUAUAACAUUAGCUGAUUCCUUGGAGAGAGCAGAGUUUGCUGCCUUGAUUAAAGUGAAGGAUGAACCAAUGGAUGUUGAGACACUUGACUCAACAAAAGAUGAGGUGCAUAUACCAGGAGUGAAUAUUCAUUAUUUUUGUUUUUUUGAGUGGGACAGCCCAUAGAAGCCUUAAUACCUACAAAUAUUGAAAAAGGAUGUGGUUGGGGUUAAGCCAUUUGGGAUAAAAUAACUGAACACUGUCAAACAAUAUUAAAUCUAUUAAAUUGAAUCUAAUCUUGAAUACCUCAUAUUAAACUUGACAAUGAAAAAGUUAAGUUUUAUUUUUUCAUUUAAAAUAUAAGAUUAUUAUUUAUAUAUUUUUCAACAUUAGGAGGACAUGGAGCUUGAGCUCACAUCAGAUGGAAAUGAAGAAACUCCAAAAGCACCAAAGAAAGAGACUGGUCAGACCUUGAAGACUUUGCUCAGUAGAGAGGCCAAGUUUCUUGAUAGCUGCAGGGAAGUAAAGGUAUGUAGAACAAAAUGUUCAUUUUAAUUUUGAUUUCCUCAAUUAUAAUGAAGCAUUUUUUUUUUGUUUUGAAUCUGAAAGUUCACUACACUUAAAAUUGGAGUACCUUUUGUUCACAUGAUAAUUUCACUGUUUCUAAUUUCUAAAAUUCACAAAAGUUUAAUUCAAUAAAUUUAAAUACAUCAAGAUAUCAGUGAAUCCAAGUCAUCUGUUAUUUCAUCCAUUGUUAGACACGAGAAUACUUAGUUGCAUUAUGCCAGCUGGCACACAACUCCACUGACCUUGCCCACACUACUUGGCUGGAUCUUUUCCCAAGAAUAUGGAAAAUUCUGACUGAUAAACAGCAAGAAGUAAGAUGUUAAACAUUUUUUAAAAAAAUCUUUCAUUGUUAUUUCAUUGAUUGAUGAUUGGAUAUUUAUAUAGCGCUGGUAUCCAUGCUACUUUAGCAUGCUCACCGCGCUCUGGUUUUCUUAAAUCUAUUUAAACAAAAGUUUUAAAAUGUUUCUAAAAUUAUUUUUUAGCAUUUUCAAUUCCCCUCAAAUUUUGGCGCUUUCGCUUCAAAAGAGCGCACUCCGUAAGACUUUUCUGUGUUCAUCCAUACUAGGAACUCUCAGUAAGCACUGUGUUGAAGACCACAGGCUCUUCAAGGAUAUUUGUUUAUAAAUCAGUUCUUUAAGAUAUUCCGGUGCAGUUAUGUUAACUGUUUCAUGAAACAUGUUAAUAUAAAUGAAACAGACGAGUCAAUUUUUUUUGUUUAAAAAAAAAAGCACACACACAAACCAUAUUUAAACUGUCACCUAGUCGAAUACCAUCAUGUUAUAAAUAUCCAUCAUCCUACUUUCCCCAACCACCCCAAACAAAGUUAAACCAUAUUUAAACUGUCACCUAGUCGAAUACCAUCAUGUUAUAAAUAUCCAUCAUCCUACUUUCCCCAACCACCCCAAACAAAGUUAAACCAUAUUUAAACUGUCACCUAGUCGAAUACCAUCAUGUUAUAAAUAUCCAUCAUCCUACUUUCCCCAACCACCCCAAACAAAGUUAAACCAUAUUUAAACUGUCACCUAGUCGAAUACCAUCAUGAUAUAAAUAUCCAUCAUCCUACUUUCCCCAACCACCCCAAACAAAUUUAAACCAUAUUUAAACUGUCACCUAGUCGAAUACCAUCAUGAUAUAAAUAUCCAUCAUCCUACUUUCCCCAACCACCCCAAACAAAUUUAAACCAUAUUUAAACUGUCACCUAGUCGAAUACCAUCAUGAUAUAAAUAUCCAUCAUCCUACUUUCCCCAACCAUCCACACAAAAAAAGUUAAUAUUUUAAAAAGAAGUACUCUUCUAUCUGAUGAUCAUUUUGUAGUGCUUUGUGUGGGGAAUAUGCCAUCAAGGAUAUUUCUACAUUUUGGUUUUUGUUGCCUCACUCUCAGUGCCUCCGUAGGUCAUUCCCAUGGCCUCAGACUCUAUUUAGUUCACUUCCCGUGUGAUCUUGGGCCCUACGAAACCCUCUUGCCCAUUGUGUUUUCUAUGUCAGUAUCCUCAAGAUGUUUGUGUCUUUUGUGUGUGUCCCAUCUACCUCCAUUUACUCUUCUUGAUGUGAUGUUCUGUGGGUCAGUAUUGGUCAUUUACCACAGUUUUGUGAACCUGUCCAUCCAUUUAUGCUUUUUACCAACAUUUCAAUUUUUGUGUGUUUUUUUGGGGGGGUUUUUGACUUCCAGUUUUUCAAGCUAAAGCAACCAUUGUGACUUACUCAAAAGUAGUUAACCAGUUGACCUCAGUAGCAGUUUUUUAAAGCCCAUCCAUGAAAAAGACUGUUUUAACUUCUUCUUCUUCUUCUUAUAUUUGAGGGGCCCACGAUCAAUUUGUUGAUCAUUCUGGCUCCUGGUUUUAAUUCAGAGUUAGCCUUCUCUUAGAUGGGUUGCCGUCCAAGGCUAACGAGUCCCAUCCACCCGGGGUGCUUGGGAUGGCUUUGAUGGGGAUUGAACUCCGGACCAACGGCUAUUUAGUUUGAGACAGUUCAGACCGCUCGGCCACCCAGCACCUUUUCAGCACACACAAAAAAUCUUUUAAGAGCUUUGCAUUCUCAAUAAGUUAAAUUUUUUACAUUUAUCAGAGAUUGAAGAAAGAAUUAGUGCCCUUCUUGACCAGUGGAUCCCAUGUUACACAAAGGGACUGUCACCCCAGUGCUGUACACACUCUUGUAGAGGGCAUUGCAUUGUGUGUCCCACCAAUUAAUAUCAAGGCCUGUGCUCUCAAGGUAAUAAAAUGUUCGAGUUUUAUUUUAAAUAAAAUAAUCAGUUGUAAAAAAAUAGAAUUUGAAAAUAGUUGAGUUUUAGAAACAAAAAUGCAGCCAAUUGUUAAAUAGCUUAUAAUUAGUAGUACAAAUCCCAUAUUUGUCUUCAAAUUCAAAGUGUUGAUUAUGAGUGCACCAUUCUUCACUAUUCUUCAACAAAUGUUUCAAGUUUAAAGAAAUGUUCUUCUAAAUUUGUUAUUUUAUACAUUUUUAGUUUAGUUUUCAUUUAGCAAUGGUAAAUUAAGGUAUAAUAAUAAUUUCAACUUUUAUUCAAUCACCCAGUAUUUAGCUCGUACACACAACUUAUGGCACAGAAGCUGCUUGCUGUUAGAGCAUGCAGUAUUUGACAACCCUUCACCUCUCCCUGUCGCUAGGUCUGCAGCAAAUGAAUAUGACUUUGAGCCUCCACCAAUUUUCCCUCAUCAGGUAAACAAAGAAAUAGCGCUUGCCCACAAUUAUAUUUUAACUGUUAUAUUCUCUGCUGUCUGGUAGGAUAGUUGUGCAUCAAAAGAUUUUAAAAAGUGUUGUUUUUACAGAGCUCUCAGUUUAAUUUUAGUUAAGAAUACAGAGCUCUCAGUUUAAUUCAAGAAAUUACACCUCUGGACUACGUCCUUCACUCUUGCCCUCGGCAGUCGCGCAGUGGUGGUGGUAUUGCCGUCCUUUACAGGAACUCCCUUAAAAACAGUGUGGCCUUCUCAAAAUCGGAGGAGUUUGUUUCAUUUGAAAUGUGCAAAAUUCAACUUAAUUACGGUGAACAAGCGAUGACGUUUCUGUGCAUAUACAGGCCACCUCCAAAUAAGCAAAAUAAGUUGAAGAUCUGUCAGUUUACUGUGGAGUUUAUGCAACUCCUUGACAUGUACGCCACCACCAACAACAAUGUCAUCAUAAUCGGCGACAUAAACUGCCAUUUCGACUCCACCACCGACAGCUACGUGAAGACCCUAAAAUCAGCCCUCGACACACGGAAUGACUCAGCUUGUCAGUGUCCCGACGCAGAAGCGAGAUCACAUCCUAGAUUGGCUGGUUGUAAGAGAGGACCGGGCAGCUAUGAUCCAAAACCUCAUUAUUGAGGACAAACUUAUUUCUGAUCACUUCCCAGUCACCUUUGACUUGAGGAAGCCAGGACGCCUUCUGCGUUCAGUAACAUCCCGUGACCUCCGACAGAUAGAUCUAGCGGCCUUUAGAUGUGAUGUUGCAGCCCUUGAGUGCGGUGUAGAUGACCCUGCUACAGACUACAACAGUGGCCUCAGAGUCAUUUUAGACAAACAUGCACCACUGUCCACACGGCGAGUUACGGACCGCCCUUCCGCCCCAUGGCUCACGCCCGAAAUUAAGGACGCUAAGCAGAAGCAGCGACGUGCAGAACACCAAUGGCGGAAGUCGGGCUUGACUGUGCACCGAUAAAUCUUUGUUGACCACAGGGAGCGAACCAAGAGGUUGGUCCUUGCAGCUAGGACUGAGCAUGUUAGUCAUCAGAUUACAGGCAGCAGCUCAAGCAAGGACUUAUUUCGCAUUGUGGGUCAGCUGACCGGUAAAAACAAGGCUACAUCUCUGCCAAAUAACAUUGCUGUAGAAGAGCUGCCAGAUGCUCUAAAUGACUACUUUAUUACAAAAGUUAAGAGGAUCAGAGCAAAACUUGACAGUUGCAUCGAUACUGCUCCAGAAUUCUCACUCUUCAACGGCUCUUCAAUGGGUGAAUUUGUUGAGGUCAGUGAAUCGAAUGUGAGGAAAAUCCUCGCUGAUACUCCAAGAAAGUCAUGUUCGCUUGACCCUCUUCCAGCAGGGCUCUUGUAUGAAUGUCUGGAUGAAAUAGUCCCCAUCAUCAAAUAUAUCAUAAAUCAGUCCUUAGCUACUGGUAUUGUUCCAUCAUCUUUUAAAGAGGCGAUCGUCACUUCACUAUUAAAGAAAUCAAAUCUUGACCCAAAUGCGAUGGAAAAUUAUCGCCCCAUCUCAAAUCUACCCUUUAUUUCUAAAAUCUUAGAAAAAGGCGUUCUCCGCCAACUCCUGGAUCACCUAACUCAGUUUGACUUGUUUGAACCAUUCCAGUCAGCAUACAGGGCGCAUCACUCUACUGAGACAGCCCUGUUGCGCGUCGUAAACGACCUUCUGUCGUCUUGUGAUGAGGGCCAGGUAUCGAUUUUGUCUUUACUCAAUUUAUCGGCAGCUUUCGAUACGCUCGUCCACGGCAUACUGCUCCAGCGUCUGCAACAAACGUUCGGUCUCACUGAUACCGUCCUGUGUUGGUUCCGAUCGUAUCUGACUAAUCGGGUGCAGUCAGUUAUUUCAAACGGCUUGACCUCAAAGAAAUCUAAUAUCGAAUUCGGAGUACCCCAGGGCUCGGUCCUAGGCCCGGUGCUUUUCACGAUGUCCAUUCAGCCCCUGGGUGCAGAGAUCAGGCAGUUUGACAUGUUGUAUCACAUGUUCGCGGACGAUACACAACUUCAUCAAUCCGUGACCCCUUCUCAGUUCCCUCAGCUGCUCAGUAUGACACAGAAGACAAUGGAGGCGGUUAAGCACUGGAUGACCAUAAACAAGCUCAAAUUGAAUGAUGAUAGGGCUGAGCUGCUCCCCAUCGCGACUGCUCAGAAGCAAAAAUCUGCAAAUAGCACGACAUCCAUUACUCUUUCAGGUGUGCGUAUUGAGUUAGCUCAAACAGUGCGGUACCUGGGUGUCUACCUAGAUAGAAGACUAACUUUUGAAAGUCAUAUUAACAUGCUAUGCAAGGCGAUUUUUCUGGAGCUACGCAGGAUUAGUCACAUCAGGCCCUUCCUAACAAUUGAUGCAACAAAGAGGCUGAUGUCUGCAUUUGUGCUAUCACGCAUGGACUAUUGCAAUGCUCUCAUGGUGGGUGUUCCAGCUACGCUCCUGGAUAAAAUUCAAAUAGCACAGAAUAAUGCGGCUCGCAUUGUUCUCCGCAAAAGCAAGUUCGACCAUGCAAAAACACUUCUGAGAGAGUUGCACUGGCUGCCGGUGCGUGCUCGGAUAGAGUACAAAAUCGCAACUUUGUGCUACCGCUGCUUACAUGACCUGGCGCCGUCCUAUCUGAAAGAGCUGCCGACGCCUUAUGUACCCACUAGAGAGCUCCGCUCAUCCGAUUGUGGCAAACUCUCGACACCACGUGUUUGCCUUGAGACUUACAGAAAGCGCACUUUCGCAUUUGCUGGUCCAACAAUUUGGAAUGCCCUUCCUGUCGAUCUCAGAAACAACCAGACACUGGAGUCCUUUAAAACCAAUUUAAAGACACAUCUAUUUCGCAAACACCUUCUGGGAUGAUUAUCUACCUUAUUUUUCAGUUAAUGCAUAAUGGCUGUGUUGCUUAUGGUUGAAAUGGCUAGAAAGACUUUGACAUUGUAUGCUUGUAAUUAGUUUUUGUAGUGUUGCGUUUGUUUUAAAUGUGGUCAAUUAUAGAUUUGUUUUUUGUUGACUUUGUACCGCGCUUCGAGCCUAUGGGGAUGAAGCGUGUUUUUGAAAUGAACUUUAUUAUUAUUAUUAAUUUUACUGAUUUUUUUUAAGUACAAUUGAUAAUAAUAUUUAACUAUUCCCCCAGGAAACACUGGAUUGCCUCUGUGAACUGUACGAGCUAUUGCAAGAAGAAGACAUGUUUGUGGGUGUGUGGCAAAAGAGGGCCAAAUAUCCAGAGACAAACACUGCACUGGCUUAUAUGCAGCAUGGCUUCUUUGAACAAGCCCAGACCACAUUUGAAGGGGUUUGUUAUUGAAAUGAACAUAAUACAUAAUACCGGUACAUAAUACAAAGGGAAGAGUGAUCACAUACUUUCAUGACUAUCACAACUUAGGCAAAGUCAUGUCAAAACCAGCUAACACUUUAAGCUGCUGAAUGAUUCAGAUAAACAACUUAAAAUGAGGCCUUACAUUUUAUUUUGCAAUUUGAAUUUCAUGUUGUUCCUCUCUCACUUGUUUGCUGAAGGGAUGCCACUCAUUCUGAUUCAGGUGAUGUCCAAAAUACGUAUGGAUCACAACUCGGCACCAACAUCUAGAGAUGGUUGGCAGGAGCUCCGAUUAAUUGAAAACAGUUGGAUCAAGUGAGUAAUUCAUUCCCUUAUUAGGAUUGAUACUUUUCUUGAUUUGGGAAAGUCUUUCUGGGUUCAUGAGACUCGUCAGCUGCAAAUUUUGUGACAAUAUUAAUAAAUUAUUUCAGGUGUGCCAAAGAACUGAACCAGUGGGAUAACCUCCUGGAGUAUGCCAACUCCCGCGGAAAUGUCAUUCCUGAACUCAUCUUAGACUGUGCCUGGAGAGUUCCUAACUGGCCACUCAUGAAGGAUGCACUCGGCAGGGUGAGAACUUGCAGACCCUGAUUGACAUAAACUUCGGGAAUGGACUGAAAUCAUAAAGAUGUGAACAUGCUUCUCCAGCAAGUCUCGAAUAAUACAGCCUUCAGAAAUGUUUUUCUAUAAUUCACUUUGUAAUUAAUUGGAAUCAAUAAAAUGACAGUAAAGCUAUACCCGGUACAAAAAAAAAAAAAAAAUAGCUCAGUACAUAAGAAAUUAAUUGCUAAACUUUAAAAAUGUAACCUCUUUUUUAAAAAUAUUUAAUCAAUAUUUAAUGACGGUAAUUACUUUAAAAUUAAUUGAAAUAAAAAAAAUGACAGUAAAGCUAUACCCGGUAAAAAAAAAAAAAAAAAAUAGCUCAGUACAUAAGAAAUUAAUUGCUAAACUUUAAAAAUGUAACCUCUUUUUUAAAAAUAUUUAAUCAAUAUUUAAUGACGGUAAUUACUUUAAAAAGGAUCCUUAAAAAAAAGGCUGUGUUAUUAGACACUUGCUGUGAAGUAUUUCCAAAGACUAGAAAAAUGUUUUAAUACAUUACCUGUCCUUAAAAUAUUUAGUUUGAACCUCCUAACCAGGUGGAAGGGAACUUCAAAAGAGAACUGCAGUGGAAGAUAAAUCUGUACAGGGGUUACCUGGCAAUCUGUCACUCUGAUGACCAUCACCUAAACUCACAACAGGUAAAUUUGAACUAUUGGUCAAUAGAUUCUGAAAUGUCUUUUAUCUUAAAAUUUUUUUUUCUUGUUUUGUGUAGCUAAUUUUACUUGUAGUGGUGAAAUUCUAAUAAUUUUUAUAUUUUAAUAUCUUAUAGUAGCAUUUUUUGUGUGUGUAGUUGUGACAGUCUCAGUGGACAUUAAAAACUUAACCUUUUGCAUGAUUGCAUUGAUUUGAUGUUUAAAUUAUAUUGUGGUACAUGGAUUUACUUCAGACUUUCUCAGUAUUUAUAUGUAUUUUCCUGUUCAAUUAAUAUUUUACCCCUUUUUAUAUUAGAUUGAGCGCCUUGUUGAGACCUGUGGCAAUCAGGUGAUUAAGGAGUGGAGACGUUUGCCCAGCAUAGUAUCUCAGAUUCAUGUGCAGUAUCUACAGGUUGCUAACUCUUAACAUUUACCCCAAAAAAAUUUAAUUUGACUAAAAUAAUGUAAAAUAUAGUUUUUAAAUAGAAAAAAAAAUCAUCCUUUAUUUCCCCAUAAACUAACUAAAUGUAAAUCAGAAUAGGAAAAUUAAUUAAAUUGGUUAAAUUUAAGUUAAAAACAUCUUCAACUUGCUUAUUUGGGAAUAGUAAUUUUGAGGGCAUCUAAAUUUUGAGUUCAUAAAAUGAAUAGAGGCGUCAUCUAAACUUAAAUUUAGGCUGCCCAAAUGAUCAUGGAACUACAGGAGGCUGCUCAAAUCAACCAAGGUCUACAACCUACCAAUAUCACAAGGACAUCCAGUGUUCAUGACAUGAAGGCCAUAGUCAAGACAUGGAAGUUGGUCACUUUUUUUUUUACUUACUCUUUUUCUAAUAAUUUAUUUAAAAUGUGAUCAUACAUUAAUUAAAACAAGUCUUUUGAAGUCUCUGAUAUCUACUAUUUGUAUUCAAUGCAUAUUUUUAUCGAAUUUACUAAAAUGCAUAUUUUUUGUUGAAUUUACUCCAAAAAAAUUAACAUUUGAGAUAGAAAUGCAAUUAUUUCUUUAAAAAAUGUCAAUUCAACAUUGUUUUUUAACAAUGCCAGUAACUUUGAAUGUUACUUGUUUCAGAAAUCGCCUUCCUAUGAUAUCAGAUGACUUGUCCCACUGGAGUGACAUAUUUACUUGGAGACAGCACCAUUAUCAGUUCAUAAUUCAGCAUUAUGAAAGCCAAGCCCCUGUGGAAAAUGUAAUUUUGAGUUUUCUCAUUUUUGUCAUGAGCCCUAGCAGUUUUAAAAUCUCUUCUGUACCUGUGAAAUGUAAAUUAAUUGGGUGAGAAGUAUUUGAUGAGCCAAUGUAAGCUCACAUCCCAUAAAGGGUAACCCUGUUUCUGGUAUACGGCAUUAGUUGCAUGAUUUUCUGGCCACGCUUUAUCUCUGCUGUUUAUAAUCGCAAUAAAAAGUGUCUGGCUACAAUCCGACUUAAAAUGGAAAACAAUGUAUGUAUAUUCUAAUGACAAUACUAGUUGCAGUACACUUAAACCACUGAGUACAACUAUAAAGUAAUAAUUAUGGAGUGCCAGCAGCGUAAUUUUCCACGUUUUAUCGGGUUUUUUUUUUUUUUUUGUUUUUUUUUUUUUUUUUUUUUUUUAAAUUUUAGUAUUUUGUGCGCCUGUAAACUUAAGUGCAACAUUUUCUGUAACUGGGGUCCUGAAAAAUUAAUUUAAAAAAAAAAUAAAGAAAAUUUAACAUGAAAUUUAUAUUUUAGUAUAAUUUCAUGACAUGAGUUCUUGACCUUGUUCUCUAGAAUACCAACUCCAUGUUGGGAGUGCAUGCCACAGCUCAGUCCAUUAUUCAUUUUGGCAAGAUUGCUAGGAAACAUGGACUCACAGGGGUCAGCUUGGACACUCUGAGCAGGUAACAAACAUAAGCACUUACUUAGCAACAGAGAUAUGUCAUACCAACAUUGUUUCUAAUGCCACUGUCAUGAAAACUGUUUACCUGAGUCGAUGAUGUAUUGUUGGGCUUACAUCCUACCGGAGUAGAUGAUACUUUGUUGGGCUUACAUUCUACCGGGUAGAUGAUAUAUUGGGCUUACAUUCUACCGGGUAGAUGAUAUAUUGGGCUUACAUCCUACUGGGGUAGAUGAUAUAUUGGGCUUACAUCCUACUGGGGUAGAUGAUAUAUUGGGCUUACAUCCUACCUGAGUAGAUGAUAUAUUGUUGGGCUUACAUCCUACUGGGGUAGAUGAUAUAUUGGGCUUAAAUUCUAUCAGGGUAGAUGAUAUAUUGUUGGGCUUACAUCCUACUGGGGUAGAUGAUAUAUUGGGCUUACAUCCUACUGGGGUAGAUGAUAUAUUGGGCUUACAUCCUACUGGGGUAGAUGAUAUAUUGGGCUUACAUCCUACCUGAGUAGAUGAUAUAUUGUUGGGCUUACAUCCUACUGGGGUAGAUGAUAUAUUGGGCUUACAUCCUACCUGAGUAGAUGAUAUAUUGUUGGGCUUACAUCCUACUGGGGUAGAUGAUAUAUUGGGCUUACAUCCUACUGGGUGUAGAUAUAUUGGGCUUACAUCCUACUGGGUAGAUGAUAUAUUGGGCUUACAUCCUACUGGGGUAGAUGAUAUAUUGGGCUUACAUCCUACUGGGGUAGAUGAUAUAUUGGGCUUACAUCCUAUCUGGGUUGAUGCUAUAUUUUUGAGCUUACAUCCUACCUGGGUAGAUGAUACAUUGUUGGGCUUACAUCCUACCUGGGUAGAUGAUAUAUUUUUGGGCUUACAUCCUACCUGGGUAGAUGAUAUAUUGGGCUUAAAUUCUACCUGGUUAGAUGAUAUAUUGUUGGGCUUACAUCCUAUCUGGGUUGAUGCUAUAUUUUUGAGCUUACAUCCUACCUGGGUAGAUGAUACAUUGUUGGGCUUACAUCCUACCUGGGUAGAUGAUAUAUUGUUGGGCUUACAUCCUACUGGGGUAGAUGAUAUAUUGGGCUUAAAUUCUACCUGGGGUAGAUGAUAUAUUGUUGGGCUUACAUCCUACCUGGGUAGAUGAUACAUUGUUGGGCUUACAUCCUACCUGAGUGGAUGAUAUAUUGUUGGGCUUACAUCCUACUGGGGUAGAUGAUAUAUUGGGCUUAAAUUCUACCUGGGUAGAUGAUUUUGUGCUUUCAUCCUACCUGGGUAGAUGAUAUAUUGUUGGGCUUACAUCCUACCUGGGUAGAUGAUAUAUUGUUGGGCUUACAUCCUAGUGGGGUAGAUGAUAUAUUGGGCUUAAAUUCUUCCUGGGGUAGAUGAUAUAUUGUUGGGCUUACAUCCUACCUGGGUAGAUGAUACAUUGUUGGGCUUACAUCCUACCUGAGUCGAUGAUAUAUUGUUGGGCUUACAUCCUACUGGGGUAGAUGAUAUAUUGGGCUUAAAUUCUACCUGGGUAGAUGAUGUAUUGUUGGGCUUACAUCUUACCUGGGUAGAUGAUAUAUUGUUGGGCUUACAUCCUACCUGGGUAGAUGAUAUAUUGGGCUUAAAUUCUACCUGGGUAGAUGAUGUAUUGUUGGGCUUACAUCUUACCUGGGUAGAUGAUACAUUGUUGGGCUUACAUCCUACCUGGGUAGAUGAUACAUUGUUGGGCUUACAUCAUACCUGGUUAGAUGAUAUAUUGUUGGGCUUACAUCCUACCUGGGUAGAUGAUAUAUUGUUGGGCUUACAUCCUACCUUGGUAGAUGAUAUAUUGUUGGGCUUACAUCCUACCUGGGUAGAUGAUAUAUUGUUGGGCUUACAUCUUCCCCUUCCAUCAUGUGUUCACCAGGAUACACAAUAUACCCAGUGUCCCUGUAGUGGACUGCUUCCAGAAGGUCAGGCAACAAGUCAAGUGUUACAUGCACAUGGGAGGAUCUCUCAACAAGAGUGAGUUCACUGAGGUAAGCUUGUUGCUUUAGAGUUGCCGUUCUACUAGGAAUCAGUUAAUGUUUUGUCAUCCUCAUCAGUGGUGCUACAGCCCAUGUAAGACCCUGGCCUGCUCCACCACAUCCUUCCAGUUGGAUCUGUCCAUGGCUUUCCGCCCCCAUGCGCGAACGCCCAACUGUUGUAAAUCCUUCUCUACAUCGUCGAUUCAUCUCAGUCUUGGACGACCGGUGAGCCAUUUUCCCCUAGACUUCUGCCUGUAUAUCACCUUUGAUGCUUACAAUCAGGCAUCCUUUCAGUAUGUCCUGCCCAGCAAAGUCUGCCCUUUUCUAAUGUUGUGACUAUGGGUGGGUCUUUGUACAAUUGAUAUAGCUCUUGGUUUGUGCGGUUUCUCCAGACAUCAUUGUCUAUCACUGAAUCAAUUUUCCUGAGGAUUUUCCUCUCCCAUGUUUUGAGCAGGUUCUUUUCCGGUAAGGGACCAAUUCUCACUAGCUUAAGUUACUACUGGUCUUAUGAUAGUGUGUAUAUUGUCUUCUUAGUUCCCCUUAAGAGAUUUUUGCUUCCCAGCAGCUUUUGUAGGCUGAAAUGGGAAGAGUUGCCUGAGCUUAUCCUUUCUUUCACCUCCGUCAUUAUUUCAUUGUGCUAGUUUAUAGUCGCCCCUAGAUAUUUGAAUGUAGCCUCUCUCUCAAAUUUUUUGGUUGUUUAUAUUGAUGUUGUCAUCAGCGUGGUUGUUUCAACACAUUAUGACUGAGGCAUUUUCAAGUUCCAGUUAAUGUUUUAAAAAAUUGCAAUUUUUUUUUACUGAGGUAUUUCUGCACAGUGAUGAUGUUACUAGAUCAGGUAUGUUUUUUCAAAAAUGUAAAUUAUCUUAGUAUGCAAUAUUCCGUCAGUGUUAUGUAGCCUCUUCAGAGCAAGUUUGUUUAUUACAUUAAUUAUCCCGAAAUUUAUAAUUCAGUUUCCUGCAUAAUUAUUAAUUUUUACAGGGGCUAGAUGUCAUUGAAGUGACAAACCUGAAAUUCUUCACCAAAGAAAUGAUGGCAGAGUUGUAUGCUAUGAAAGGCUACUUUCUUCAGCAUCUCAAUCGCUCAGAUGAAGCAAAUAAAGUUUUUGCUGCAGCUGUACAGUUACAUGACUGCCUGGUGAAUGCAUGGGCUCUGUGGGGUGAAUAUCUGGAGGCCAUGUUUACAAGAGACAGGUAAAAAUUGGGAUUUAAUGAAACAAAAGAAAAAUCAUGACACUUAAGGGCAGGUUAAACCUAUAAAAUCUUAAUUUUUAGGUAAAAAAUUUAAUAUUAGAAAACCAUUUAUCUAAGAAGUAUAUUCACUUCCAAACUAUCUUUUUAUUUUUUAAAUAAAAGCAAUAUAAGUAUCUAUAUAUAUAAUUCAUAUAUAAUAUAAAUAAUAUAUAAAUAGCAAAGGUCAAACACCGCCACCACCACACAGGCUAUAUAUAGAUACGCCAGAGUGUGGUUAAAUAAUCAAUUCACUAGCGCGCAAAAUAUAAUUCCCGAUAAUUACUCUAAAUAUUUAUAUUUUUUUAAUAAUGCAACUGCGUUUGGUGUGUAAUAUUUUAUUUUCGGAAAUGAAAUCGUCUCAAUUUAAGUAUUGUGUCAAAAGUAUUCAGUUUAAAAGGGGUUGGGACAUGAAAAUAUUAAUAUAGUUCAUGAGCAAUUCUGCGAUGUAUGCUACAUCGCGGGUCGACUAUUUUAAUUUUUUUAAAGUUGGCAAGGUAUAAACAAAAUUAUCUAAUUAAUUAUGCAAAAUUUUUAAAUGCUUAUAACUUUUUUUCUUAUUAUCCGAUUUAAAUAAUUUUUUCAACCAUAUUAAUGAAAUUCAACCAUAUGCUUUUUUGAUGUAAAGGGAUCAGGGAAAAAACUAAUAUUAAAUAUAAUUUCAUUGGUUGCUAGAACUGGAUAUCCCUUGCCAUAAGAGAUUUCAGCCAAUCACAGCGUUUCUCUUAAAAACCCUUCGGCCUUCAUUUGUAUACAAAAAAAUUAUCAGACUGAGCGUCACACUGGGAAAUUGAUUCUGAACUGUGUUGGAUUGUCUGUUUUAAAUGGACCUUCUAAUUUAAUUAAUAUUUAAAUUUAAAUAAACUUAGAGUAACUAUGGAUAAAGUUAAAGUAAAAAAGAAUGGGAAUAAAUAACGCACUAAAAAGCGUAUAUUUUAUGGAAAUAGAUAUACCGUUAAAAAAGAUAAGCUUAGUCUUAGUGACUGUGAACCUCAAAAUCAAGGAAAACUCAGUACCCACAUCUUCCUUUUAAAAACUUAAUGAAUCUUUAAAUGUUUCUAGUCCUAAAUUACCUGAAAUGAGUGGUUAUUGUUUAGUGGUUGUGGGAUUAUUUCAUUAGUCCAGUCAUUUUCAUGUUUAUUCUGUGAGCAGUUUGCAAUAGAUGGGACAAAUUAUACUGUUAGAGAAGUGCUAAACUGUUAGAGAAGUGCUAAAUGGGCUGAUUAGUACUUUGUAUUUCAAAUGUAUUAAAUUUAGGCAUGAAAUAGAAUUUAAGACAUGCACCGAGAAUGUCAACCUGCGAUUGCAGUUAGCGAUGAACAGCAUUGGCUGUCAUCAAGAAAAAACUAAAAGAUUUCUUGGUAAUAUGGACAUGCCUCCUCCUGUAACUGCUCCUAUGGUUACUAAAUACAAGGAGAGGAUUCAUAUUGCUACUAAUGAAGUAGCAAAACAGUGCAUGUCUCAGGCUGCAUCAGAAUUAAAAGAAGCCCAGGUUCCAAAUGUUUUGGUUUCCUGUGACGGGACCUGGCAGCGAUGUGGCUUUGUUUCGAAGAACGGAGUAGCCACUGUGUUAUCAGUAAAUGCUAAUAAAGGGCCCUCUAAAUUAGUUGAUACUCAUGUCAGUAGCAACUACUGUGAUAAAUGUGCUAAGGCCAAGAAGAGAUUUCCUGUAAUUUCUAAAUACUAAAUAUCAGGAGUGGUUUAAAAACCAUAUGGAUGCCGGUGAAUGCCAGUCAAAUCACCAAGGUACAUCUGGUCAGAUGGAACCGAAAGGCAUUUUAAAAAUCUUUCGCCGUUCAAAUGAAAAGUAUAACAUCACUUAUACUGGCUAUUUAGGGAAUGGUGAUUCUAAGAGUUUUAAAACUGUAGCUGAAGCUAAUCCUCCAGUUUAUGAAGGAGUAUCUAUUUCAAAAUUUAUUAGAAUGUUGCGGUUUUGUUCAGAAGCGAAUGGGGAAACGCUUGCUGGAUAAAGUAAAUGAAUAUAAAGGGAUAACAUGUGGAGGGUGGUAGAAAAUUUAAAGGAAUAGGUGGGGCAGGCAGAUGAACUAAAUCUGCUAUAAAGUGCAUUCAGGGACAUUAUGGCACAGCGAUUAGAAAAAAUUCAAGAGACAUGGGUCAAAUGAAAAAAAGUAUUUGGGCAAUAUUUCACUACCGUGAGGGUAAGUAAGCAUAGCGAUUGCGGUAGUUGGUGUCCCAAAGAUAAUAACUAGAAUAUUUCUUUUGGUUUUCAUUUUGUCAAUAGUUAAAGAAUUGUUUUUAAAAUUUAGGUUGAUAGACCAUGGAGAAGGUGCUACAAUUUGCUACCUCCAUGCUUGCCGAUCUUCUAUUGAAGGCAGAACUAGGAAGUAUCUUGCCAAGGCUAUCUGGCUCUUGACGUACGAUGAUGAGAACCUUACCAUUGCCACCACCCUGGAUAAACACCACCAGGGCAUCCUUGCCAUUCAUUGGCUACCUUGGUUAGUUUAAUUUGUAGGACACAGACGUCAUGAAUAAUUACUAAAUGUUGUUUUUAAAAUCUUAAAUUUUUUUAAUUCACAUAUUUGUGUUAUAGAAGAGGAUUCCUGUUACCAGUUUCAUAAAGAGAUGACUUUUUCUAUUGUUUUUUACCAGGAUUCCUCAACUGUUGACUUGUUUAGUGAGGAAGGAAGGCAAGCUGAUAAUGAAUCUCCUAACCACAGUUGGACGCAUGUAUCCACAGGCUGUUUACUUCCCCAUCAGGACUUUGUACUUCACUCUCAAACUGGAACAGAGGGAGCGACGUUAGUACAUUUUAAAAGAUCUUAUAAUUUUUAAUCGUUAUAUUUUUUUCUAAAUGAAUACUGAUUGAUAAUUUUAUUGAAUAAUUGUUACAUAUAUUUCCUUAUCUAAAUAUUUGAAGAAUUGCUUCCAAAAUUAAUCACCUGUUACUGUUUAAAAAUAAAAAUGGACCAGACUGAUAGAUAUUUUAUUUCUUUAGAUAAAAAGGCUGGAAUCGAUCCUAACAGACCUGCCACUGCACCAAACACCACCGCUGCUCCAGGUGGUACUGCUAGCACAACAGCCACAGCACCCACUGUGACAACCACAACUACCAUGGCAGCAGCAGCUACUCCCUCUAUCCUCACUCCUAGCGCUGCUGCAACUGAAGGCUUGCUCGGGGUAACAACUGUAACAGGUGAGAAGUCAGUUGAAAGAGAGCCAUAGAGUUUGCAACAUAUAUUUCUUAUUUGUAUGUGGCUGGAUCUUUUAUUUGGCAUGACAUAAUCUCUUUGUAUUAGUUAUUAACUGAAUGUUAUUUAUACUUAUUAUAAAUUUAGCGUUUAAUUGAAACUUUAUUUUAAAGAUACAAAUUGAUAUUAUUUUGCUAAACAAUGAAACCUCUCAAACAUGAUUAUAUAUGGUGAACAAAAGUGACUAGAAUUUUAUAAUUUUAAUUUCAGCUAAUUUAGAAGCUAUUUAGUAACAAAGAGACUUUGAGGCAGUAAUAAAUGUUUUUAAAAUAUUGAAAUAUUCUGUCAUCUGUUAAGAUUUCUUGGCAAGUGUGACAGCUAACAAUGCAGCACAAACCCCAACCAGUGUUGCAUCAACUCAGGCCAAGUCAGAUGCUCCAGGCAGUAAUCCAGAGUCUAAUCCUAUCAAGGCACCCGAGUCCAUGUGGAGGUGUUCAAAGAUAAUAGCCAUUCAACGAGAGGCCCACCCAACCGUCCUCACCACUCUGGAAGGCAUUAUUGAGCAGGUUCUUAGUUUGUUCAUUAAGACUACUUUAGUUUAAAUUAAGGAGCUGUAAAGUUUAUGUGAGAAUUUACUUAUUCUGGUCUAAUAAAUGCUCAUUAGAAAUACCAAAGUAUGUAGUGCAAGGGAAAUCAUUUCAAAAAGGAAAAUUAGAUCAAUACAAAUAUUAAAAUAAUUGUUUUGUUUGUUGAAUGCAUGAACCUUUUUCCAAAGUUUUCCUUUAAUGUUCUUGGAGCUUCCUUCAAUAAAGGUCCAAGUAGCUACCGUGUUAAAUAAAAGCCAUCAGCCGGACCAACUAAUAUCCUUAAUUCUAUCUAGCAUCUAGAGAUAGGGUUCCUCCAGUAAAAACUAGCAAUCUCACUUUAAGCAAUUGUGAUGGUGUCUCUACUCUGAGGAAGAACUUUUGACGAGAAGUACCUCUUUUAGGCCUUAUAUAUUUUAUAUAUAUUGAUUACAUUUUUUUAAAGAACUUUCAUUUUAACAUAUAUAUAUUUUAACAUUUACAUUAAGAUGAUCUGGUAUUAUUAUUUCAAACCUUGCAGAUGGUCUGGUUCAGAGAAAACUGGUAUGAAGAGGUCUUGCGUCAGCUUAGGCAAGGCUUAGAGAAAUGUUAUGGGGUUGCUUUUGAAAACAGGGCAUCAGGUAGGGAAAAAAGAGCUUAUGAAAUCUUAGUGGUUGCUACUAAUGCACUCAAAAAAUGUCAGGUUUUUGUGUGCUCCAUUUCACUAUUAUAACCAUCAUAGUGUAAUUAGUUUUAUAAUAUUAACCAUCUGUUUUAUUCAAGUGAUCUUAAUUCACUUCACUGUUAAGUUUUUUAAGCUGUAGAUCUUAUGAACUGUCUGAAUAUUGAUCUUUUUCAUUGGGUUUUUAACUUUGUUGAAAGGGUAGGUAUAUUUGAGAAAUGUUUUUUUUUUUAAAACUAUAGAGUAAAAUCCUUACAAGAUAGCCAUUUUUGUUGAUAAAUAAUUUCAUGAACAAUGUCUCUUCCAGUCACUGAGGCAACCAUAACUCCACACACCUUGAACUUUGUCAAAAAACUAGUCAGCACAUUUGGUGUCGGUGUUGAGAAUGUGUCCAACACACCGUCUACAUUUAGUGGUGCAGCUUCAGAGUCCCUGGCUCGUCGGGCACAGGCUACAGCCCAAGAUCCUGUGUUUCAAAAGAUGAAGAGUCAGUUCACCACAGAUUUUGACUUCAGGUUGAACAUUUUAUCACCUGUGACACCAUAGACUGAUUGCUAAAUUUAUACUUCCUUGAAAAUGCUUUUUUUGUGAAUCUACUUUUAAAUCCAAACUAAUUAAUAAACUUGUCUCAUGUUUUGGUCAAUAUAACUAAUACAAGAAGCUAAAACAAAAAAGUCAAUAGCAGGUUGAGUCAUAAGAUAUGUUGUUUGAAACUUUGUAAUUAAUGUAAUUAACCUAAUUAUAAUUUAAAAAAUAGCAAAACACGAUCAAUAAUGGAAAAUAAGAAUAUUAUGUUGAGGGCAAUUAUUUGAUUGUCAAACUUGAAAUUAUUUUUAACUUUCUCUUAUUGCUUGUGGUAAUAGUAUCUUUUUAUAUUAUAGAAAUUCACAAGGAAAAUAAUCCACAAAACAAUACACUUAUUAUAUUGGUUAGAAUAGCCAAGAUGAAAUAAAUAAAAGUCGUAGGUUAUGUAUUUUUAAUUUGUUUUUCUUAUAUUUAAGUGUGCCUGGUUCAACCAAAUUACAUAAUCUAAUCAACAAAUUGAAGAAAUGGAUCAAAAUUUUGGAAGCUAAAACAAAGUUAUUCCCCAAGUAAGUUCUCAGAUAUUUAAUCUUUCAUAAAUUUAUUCUAAGAAAAUGGCCAAGAUGUGUGAAUUUUUAUUGCUCAGCAUCAUAUUUGGUAAUACCUUGAACAAUAGCAAAUAUAGCUUUUCAUUUUUUUUUUCUACCUGCAGAUCUUUCCUGAUAGAAGAGAAAUGCAGUGUUCUCAGUAACUUUACAGCCAACACAGCAGAGAUUGAAAUGCCUGGAGAAUUUCUAUUGCCAAAAGUGACUAUUUCAUUAGAUACUACUGUUUUAUUUGAUAUGUACCAGUAUUUCUCCAGUUUGUAACCUGCCAAUUCAAACUUUAAAAAAGUUUUAUUUUUGAAUUUUUUGCUUUAAAAAAUAAAUUAAAAUCUGCUGAUCUUUCUAAAUGACACUAUUUCAUUCUCAGCACAACCAUUACUAUGUAAGAAUUGCUCGCUUCAUGCCCAGAGUUGAGAUAGUUCAAAAGCACAACACAGCUGCAAGGAGACUCUUCAUUCGUGGACAAAAUGGAAAGGUUUGCACAUACUUGAAGAUUACCACAUAGUCUUAAACAAAGGAAAACUACAAAGAAACAAAAAUGCCUUUCAGGUUGAAACCAACUCUGGUAUAAACAUAUAAAAGACAUUGCACAAAAUUGCUUUCUCUUGAUAAUGUUCUGUUUGUUUUAUAUAAAUUAAAUUGAAAUCAUUUAUUUAUUUAAUGACAUAUUUUAAGGAAAUAAUGUUAUCUUUAUCUUUUGAAAGGAAUAUCCUUAUCUUAUUGUGAAUGAUGGCUGCUUGAUAGAAUCCCGUAGAGAGGAAAGGACACUGCAACUCUUGAGGAUGCUCAAUCAGUUUCUUACCAAACAGAAGGUAAGUUGACUGUAUUCUAAUAGCCUCUAAAUCUAAUUGAAGUUGAUAGUAUGAGAUUAUUGUGAAAUCUUCCUUUUACAGAUAGGAAACACCAUAUUUACACCAUCAGUUCACUUUUUAAAAUUAUUUGCUACAGGAAACAUGUCGCAGGCUUUUGUACUUCACAGUGCCUCGAGUUUUGUCCAUUUCUCCAUCUAUUCGGCUCAUAGAGGAUAACCCAGCAUCAGUAUCUCUCCUGGAUAUUUACAAACAGGUAAAUGGUUAAGUCUUCAUACAGAUUUUUGAGAUAAUCUAUUUGUAAAGUUGUACAGCAGUGAAGCUGUUUGUAUAUAUUAAUUCUAAUAUAUUCUAAUAUAUAUUAAUUCUAAAACAUUCUCCUAAACUCAGCGUACCAGCAAACGUGGAAUUGAACAUGAUUCACCAAUUGCACGUUACUAUGAGAGACUUGCUACGGUCCAGGCACGUGGCUCACAGGCAUCCCAUCAGGUCCUGCGAGACAUUUUAAAAGAGGUCCAGACCAACAUGGUGCCACGAGGGUUACUUAAAGAAUGGGCUCUCAACACAUUCCUUGAUGCAACAGAUUACUGGACUUUCCGCAAAAGUGUGAGUGAUUAAUUCAGAUCUCAACCAAGAAUCAUGUGUUCUUUAAAUUGUAGGGUAAUGAUAAGGCAUGGGAAAUUAACAUGCUGAAUGCUAAUAUUACCUUUUGACUUUUUUUUUGGGCUUGCCAAAAAAAAAUUAAACGACUUUCUUUUUAGGGUAAUUAAAUGUUUGAAAGUAGGGCAAGAUUUAAAUUAGGUUUUAAUGUAAGAAAAAUCUCAUAACCGACUUUAUUUACUGAAGCUGUUAAAUAAAAAAUUAUGUCUCAAAUUUCCUUUUUUUAAUUCCUGAUUUAAAAGCUUUCACUUUUUACAUUGUAAUUACAUAUCAAUGCUUUUCUUUAUAGGCAUGUGCUGAAACUCCUUGAAUGUGUACUUGGGGUUGUCAACAGCUGCUGUCACAUGUUGAUAAUGAGACACAUUGAGAGAGACACAUGUCCAUAGAAGUGAAAAGGAUUAUAUAUUUGGUAGUUUUUAUUCAAAAUGGGUCUCUCCACGAAGGAAAAAGUAUUCAUAUUUUAGCAAUAUUUUUGCUCAUAGUAAACGUAAAGGUAGACCUGGUUUUUAAAAACAGGUGGAAGCGCAAUUCCGAGAGAGAUUGAAAAAAACAAACUACCAAGUAACUUGGUUCUGGAAAGGUACUUGGUCAUCAGAAGGGAAAGUCUGGUCUCGAAUGUGACUUAUUUCAGAGGACCCCUCAUUCCUAUAAAAACCUUGAAUCUCAAACAUCAGCUAUGUUCUUAAACAAUUAAACAGGCGUAUUGCUGACAUUCAUUUUGAAGGAUGUUCCUUGUAGAAUUCAUAGAUGUGUACACAGUACCUUCUGGAGAACACAGGUGUGAUUCCCAUAAUUGAACACUUACUGGUCGAUCAGACUUCCUCUUUCAUUAAUGGACAAAAUACACUUCCUUAUCGAAAAAAUAUUGUAACAAUAGAAAGCAAAACUGUGUUACUUGGUGCCGUCUUACUAAAUCUCUCUUGAAAUUGUUCUGCCUCCUAUAUUCAAAACACGAUCCCCCUUCACAAUCACUUAAUCACUUAGGCACAAGUGAAAAUGGUUGUCUAAUAUGAAUAUUUUUCCCUUUGUAGAGAGACCCAUUUCCAACAACUCCCCAACACAUUUCUUGACACCUCGGGGGAACAAGUGGCAGGAGCUAUGCACGAGUACACAUUUAAGAUGCAGAAGUUUCAGUACUUGUGGCACAGACUGUAUUUUAAUAGUUAUUUGUUUAUCCAUAUAAAUGAGAAAUAUGAAGAUUUACCAGAGCAUUUUCAGCUAUAAAAUUGUAUAUAUAACAGUUGACCAUCCAGCUGGCUCUAAUGGGCUUGGCAGAGUUUGUCUUCCACCUGACACGGAUGAACCCUGAUCAAAUGUACCUGCAUCAAGACUGUGGAUAUCUCAGCAUUUCUUUCUUCAAGUUUGAUGUAGAUGAUCAAACAGGUACUUAAGGCAAUUAGAAUAAAACUUAAAAUAGAGUUUAUAAUGAGUGAAAUAACUAAUUUGUUGUACACCAUAACAAAUCCAAACCAUUUCAACAAAUAAUAAAUGCUACCCUGACAACACAGAAUGUUCUUUCUCAAGAAGUAUGUUAGAUAAACAAAAAUUUCAAGUAUGCUUAUAGUUUAAAGGAAUCAACUAUUUUCUUCAAUAUGGUUUACAUUUUUUCUAAGUUUUUGUAGAAAAGAUUUCUGCUUCAUCAGCUAAUAAUUUGUACAAAUAUUUCUAUUGUCCAACAAUCUUAGGUGAUCUUGAUGCUAAUCGACCAGUCCCAUUCCGUCUGACACCUAACAUAGCAGAGUUCUUGACCUUCACUGGUGUUUCCGGCGCACUUACUGCAGCCAUGGUUGCCUCUGCCCGAUGCCUUGUCCAACCACAGUACAAGCUUCCAUCUUUCUUAAGAACAAUUCUACGUGAUGAAUACAUUACAUGGCAUAAAAAAGUAAAUUUAAAAAAAAAAAUAAUUUUCUUUCUAAAUUGCUGUACUAAUUUUAUUUAUACUAUUAAUGUAUAGGUCUUCUUUUUAAAAAUAGUUCUUCCUUUGUAAUGACUGAGUACAUAUUUAAAAAAAUCAAUUCAAAAUGUAAUUUCUUUUAAAGUUAUACCAGUACUCUCUGUAAUAAUUAUAGUCAACAUUAUAAUUACAAAGUAAUGUGUACUUUAAUAAAAAAUUAAUUUUAGAAAAUGGAAGAAGCCAAUCCUUUGGAGGAACCAGCUGACAUGGAAGGAGAGCAGCUAGUCAAUUUGGUCAAUAAAGCUGUUGCUGCUAUUACUACCAGGGUUCAGAGUAAGUUCAAUUAAACAUACUAGGAGAUAUCUAAAUGUUAAUACUCAGCUACCUCUUUGCUGGCAUCCCCACAAACAAAGAUGUUUUAACUUUUCCAGCUGUUGGAAAUUUAUAGUAUCAGCUUUAAAAAUUAGUUCAUUACUUAUUUGUAAUGAAAUAGUUGUGUCCCUGUAAAAUGUUAACAUGGCAGCUAUUUUUAUAAUUUAUAUAUAUUUAUGUAGAGCAGAUGUUUUAAAGUUUUUAAUGAAGAUGUUUCUUACUCACAAAAAUGUAAUAUAACUUAUAAGUUGGAAUAUAAGACUUAUCUUCAAAUGAAGUAAAAACUGAAAAUUUAAUAAAAUGACUUUCACAACCUUUUACAGAAACUCAAAAAAUUAGUCAUUUCCAGAGGUUUUAAUUUUAUAUUAAAUAUUCUUCUACUUUAGAUUUGGCUUCCUUUGAGGGCGCUGAAAGCAGAGUAAACACAUUAGUGACUGCAGCAACAAAUACAGAUAACUUGUGUCGUAUGGACCCUGCCUGGCACCCAUGGCUUUAAGCAACAUUAUCGCACAGCUUUGUUUUAUGAAUAAAGUACUGAGAAGACUUUCCAGUUUUUAUAAGUAACCUUUUAAAUGUAGGAUGCUAGUAUAUUUGUAAUUGGAUGUAAUCAUUGUGAGUAAUUUGUCAAUACAGUUUUAAAGUAUAUUAAACUGGAAAUUCUUGGCAGCAC